AAACAAUGCUCUUCCCUCGCACUUGCGUAUGUUUUGAUCGAAGACAGAGCCACUUUUGUUGAGGAGACAGUCCGUGCUCUCAGUCUGUCCUGACCUUUGCUUCUGUUAUCGCGUAUUGGGUCGUUCAAACUGUGAAUAGGCGAUCACACAGAUAACAAAGUUUGACAGUUCGUUUAGGGACUGCCGCGUCUGAUACUUGUAUUUUUCACCUGUCUUCAAACCCCAGGUAAUCAUCGCGAGAUUUCACUGACAGGGUUGGUCAAAAUCUCAUGUCGGCGGAAAAAAAGUGGAGUUUUGAUUAGGAAAACCAAAACAAAUGUGAGCAGCGACCUUUAUAAACAACAAUGAGCCAGCCACCCAGAAACCAGCGUACACACAGAGAGAGAAAUGGUGAAGAGAGAAGACAAAAUGGUGAAAAGAGAGACAGAGACCCCCGCAGUCAACAGGACCGUCCUAGUGACCGACGACCAGGCAAUGAAAGAACCAGAUCAUCUGGCCAGUCCUCAUACCAAACCAGAGGGUCUCAGAGACCUGCGAGGAGCACUUCUCAAAGGGAGCACAUGGAGUCCAAGUGCACUUACAUCUGUUCUAGGAGAGGUAUUGUGUUGAUUUGCACCAUCCUGACCAAUGCCUUGGUGCUCAUCUGCAUAGUGGCUGCCCACAUGUCACAGCUGGGCAUGUCUGCGAUGGGAAUGGGUGGAACAAGCUUCAUUGAUGCUAUCAUUCCUUUCGAGGGGACGGAGCUGCAGACGGUGCGUAAUCUUGACAUGCAGUACGGACAAAUGAGAGCACCUGGAGUCUAUGGAGGCGUGGCCUUCAGCCUCACUUUCGGUGCUCUUUCGCUCCUAUUCGUAGUUUCCAGUGGCAAACCCGCUCACGUGCUUCCACGGAAGCUCCUGAUUGGACAGUUUGCAUUCCAGAUCAUUGGUGCAGUGGCUUACGUGAUUGCGGUGGGUUUGUACCUGCACCUUGUGAUCUCUGUGAACUCAACCGACGUGUGCAUUAUGCGCGAACGACUGUACGCUCGUAACGGAUAUACCUGGAUGAAUUGUAGUGUGAAUGGGGGGGACGCAUCUGUAGCACUGUUUGGAAUCAUAACCGCAAUUCUGUAUGCCGUUGGUGCUGUUUUUACUGCCAAAACAAUCCGGGAUGUCGAUCGUUUUCUUAAGGAGCGUGAUCACUUCGAAGCUGAACAAAGAGAAGAACCCAGAGGUCCUCAGACGAGACCUCUUAAUUCUGACAUUUACAUCUGAGUUGUGGAGCAUAAGCACUAUGGACUGUACAUAAACUGAUUUUAAUUUUGUUUUAUGUUUUUUAGGAUUCUUUUUUACUUUUAGGACUUUUUAUGCGUAUUAGAAUGCAAUUGAUCUCAGGAUUUAGUUAUUAAUAUAGUUUUGUUUUUAAAAAUGUUUUAAUUAAUAAAUAUUGAAUACAGUACAAAAA